UUCCUUGUCUUUUGCUCAAGACACUCGUAGAAUGUACACCGAAAGUACGCUCUCGAUGACACUGAAUACAAUGGCCCGGAUGGGAUGCACGGAUCGUCUUCGCCGUACGAAUACAUAAGUACCACCCUUGAACUUCAUAAUUCUGCACUUCUCCACACUUCCACUUCAACUUCAACUGGUUCUGCUGCCAUGGACCCAACACCCUCUGUUCCCACUCCCCAGCUCUUCUCACUCAUCGGUCAGAACGUGCUUAUAACAGGCGCUACCAGAGGUAUAGGCGCCGCAUGUGCUCUAGCUCUCGCAGAAGCAGGCGCCUCCAUAUGUCUUGUCCAACGCCCCGGCUCCUCCAACCUCGAGACCUACAAUGCAAUCAAAGCAUUACCCGGCGACGGCGAUCGAGUUGUGAAGAUCGUCGAAUGUGAUGUUAGCGAUAUGGCCAGUGUGCGUGCGCUAUUUGGGAAGGCGUUGGAUGUGAUGGGUGGUGAGAUCCAUGUGCUCGUGAAUUGUGCGGGUAUACAGAGGAGAUCGCCUGCGACUGAGUUUAGUGAGCAGGAUUGGGACGAUGUCCUGGAUGUGAACCUCAAAGCAUGCUGGCUGCUCUCUCAAGCGGCAGGGAAACAUAUGGUCCCUCGUCGAAGGGGCAAGAUUAUCAACUUUUGUUCGUUGUUGACUUACCAGGGAGGAUUGACCGUUCCCGCAUAUGCGGCUGCCAAAGGUGCAUUGGGACAGCUCACCAAGGCGUUGAGCAAUGAAUGGAGUAAAGAGAAUGUUCAAGUGAAUGGGAUUGUCCCUGGGUAUAUCGCCACCGACAUGAAUGAGAAACUGUUAGCAGACCCUACGCGUCUUCGUCAAAUCAGUGAACGAAUCCCAGCUGGUAGGUGGGGCGAGCCGAGAGAUUUCGCUGGUCCUAUUGUCUUCCUGGCGAGUGCUGCGAGUCAGUACGUCUGUGGAGAAUUGUUGGUUGUUGAUGGUGGCUGGAUGGGUCGGUAGAACAGAACAAGUCGGCUGUCUUCAAGAAAUAUGAUGUACAGAUUAAAAAAAAGUUCAUUGGUUACAAAUGUAUUUGUAUCGUUUCUUCCCAAGGCCAGUUAUGAUAAGAUCUCAUCUACACUGUGGGUGAACGUUCAGUCCCAAUAUUUACACUGGGGCUAGUG